AUGAAUUUAGGGGUUUUAGACUUUAUUGGAAUACAAAGAGUAGAAUGCGCUAUUGGCUACUUUGAAGAGAUUGACUUGGAGAACAGCAAUCUGAAGAAUGUCACAUUCGUCAUAGACAAGAAGGUGGAUGUCUGCCAGAGUCCAGCUGGACUUAGAAAUGGAUGUGGGGUGAUUGAACUAGCCAGAUACACGCAAGGAAUGAACAGUAGUGUUGAAUCAGACACGGUCUACAUGGAAGCAAAGACAAUGCGUGUUCAGCUGCCAAGAAAUGCAACAUUUAACGAGCAUAGGGCAUGUGGACAGUGUCUGAAACUGACGCAGCAGUACAAUGAGUUUGUCCAAUACGCAUUUGAGAACAAUUGUGUACAGGAGUUACAGAUUGUGGAGGAGAAUGAUCCGUUGAAUCUGAUUCAGAUGUUCACUGGUACAGAUUCAAAAGACUGUAGAAUAUUCGUACCAGUGCUGGAUAACCAUGUGUUAGUGACAUUAUUUGCAACUGUAAGUGUAAAUGGAGACUGUUUGAUUCUAUACAGCAAGAAGAAGAGCGAGAGCAACUAUAAGACACACAUAGGUGAAAUAUUCAAUAAUCUGAAUAUACAGUUUAGGGAUGUUGGUUUUGGGAAAAUGACAAUGCCAGUGGUGUCAGUGAGAGGUGGAACACUGAUUCCAUUUGAUGAUUUGAAGGCAAUGAUUCACAAUACAAUAAAGAAUACAGGGAAUGUGAAUCCGAUGGAUGCAUUGGACACCAUGUUGACAUUUAAGGCAGUUGAUGAGAAGGAUGAAGAAUACCAGAGACUAAAGGCACUGGUGCAAAUGAGGUGUCAGUUUGACACGGAUUAUGAGCCAUAUGCAUUAGAGGAGCUGAUUAUGAGACAGAAGAAGGAGAAGGACAUUAUAUUGACGAAAUACAAGUUUGGACAGAAGAAGGAUGUGGUAGCAGAAUCAAAGUCAUCUACAGAGGGUGGGAGCAAGAAGAAGUGGGUUGUGCCAUUGAGUAUUGCAAUUUUAGUUGUAUUUGGGCUGGUACUCAUUGGAAUUCUGGUUAUGAAGAAGUUGAAGAGAAAGUGA